GAAUUUGUUUUGUGAUGUCACUGUCCAAAUCUUCGAUUGAUUAUGGGUCGGUUAAGCCUACGUGUCAUGGUGCAUCUAUUCUGAACUUACGCGAGGUGUACAUUGAUACAAUAUGUCAAAUGCUGAUUAGAGAGGGAUUCUUCAGGGAAGUGAUUAACCUUCGGAGAACGUGCAAACGCUUCUUCGUGCUGAUAAGCAGAUGCGACUUGAGGCUCAAAUUGACGAUCAACAUUAAUAAACGCUACCUGCUCAGCGAUCUUCUAUUCCGCAUUGGUCAAAUGAAUUUCUGGCCCCCUCAAUUCAGACUUUUUCUUAAGAGUAUAUGGAAUAAUUGUCAGUGGAAGUUCGAAGAAAUCGACAUAAAGUUUGUCUCUUGUGUUAGCCAACGUAGAUUAAUAGCGGAGACUGAAGACAUCUUGGCAGAUUUUUCUGAUCUUUUUAAACAAACGGUGUAUCAAGUUUCCUUGUGUGAUAGCGGUCCUUUUUCGUGCAUAGUGUGCGCUUUGAGACCCUACGUAUUUAAUGAUUUCACUACAAUUAAGCUCAAGCUCUGCGGUCUCUCGGGCGCUAAAAUAAAGCCCAUAGCUUACGACUACUGGCGAGUUACUGACUUCGAAUUGAACCUCGGAAAUCGGAUGUUGAACGCAGACAUUUUAAAGUCGUGUAUGCAAUUGAAGAAAUUCAAUGUUCCUGAUUUGACUAUUGACUCUUCCAAAUUUUCCUACUUCAAGAAAUUGAUACAUCUAUCAGCGAUAUCGAUUAGAAGGAUAAACAUAGGGCGAGCCUGUUAUGAUGACGAUUUUUACGUAUCAAGGACUGUCACCGAGCUAGAACUGUUUCAGCAGCCAAUUAGAACUCAAGAUAUUGAAAUGCUCGUUGGUUUUAUUAAUGCUACCUUCUGCAAUUUGAAAUAUUUUUACGUGAAGGCGCCUUUUUAUCCCUUUGAACUACCAAACCUGGCCCUUGAGAAAUUUCAACUUCCCUGUUCGCGUGUAGUUAGUGAUGCUUAUUUUUUCCCUUAUUUCUCCAAUUGUAGGGAAAUCAAGAGUUUUAGUAUUGAUUAUCCUCAGAAGUUUGUGUUCACGUUCGAUGAAAAGGCAAAAAAACUUCCCUUCUCGCGAAUAGUUAGAUAUGCUUAUUCGUCAACUGAUUUCACAAACUGCGUGGAAGUCAAGUGCUUGGUUAAAGGUUAUCCUCAGGAUUACAUGAAAAAACGGGUAGUUUCUGAUUGUUGGUAUUCUGUCAGCGAGCGAACGAAAAUUGAAAUGUUUCGUGAUGUGCCAGUGAUAAAAAAUUCGCAAUAUUUGUUCGUUGUUCUGGCAAUAGAUUGGCGUGGAUGCGAUAAAAUAGAUAUCAGAAGUAUAACAGCUUUGUUGAAGGAUCAAACGAAGUUGCAAUAUCUGGAUAUAAAAUACAGAGUUGACAAACGGAUUCAAAUUUACAUCACUGAUUUCUGGUUAAAAAGAAACGAAAUUUUUCUUAGAAAUCACGAGUUGAAAUUCUUCGUCUGUCAAAAUGAUGUACUCGUGCUUAAGAAGAAAGUGAUAUCUAAUGGGACCAUUGAUUUAUGGCGAAGACUUGGUGUCUCGUUGGACUGGAAUCGUGUCAUUUCUAGCUAUUUCACUAUCCAGUGAGGGGUUCCUUAUAAAUUGGAGACGUUCGAAGAUUAUUUAUUGAUACACAUCACUAAUGCAUAAAAACAAAAUAAUUCGCAAAAAAGUUGAUUUAUAAUUAGUCCUUCCUGACUUAAUAUUUAUUGACUUGUCUGUCACUUGACUGAAUGCUCGAGUUUGUUUAACGAAAAUAUGACUGAAAUUGUUUUAGGAAAAAUUGUUGUACAUAAGUAUAUUUUAAAUAUCAUAUUUGCUAUAAAUUAGACAACUAUUCCCUUUUAAUCUACAAGUUUUCCAAAUCUAUACAAAAGGUAUAA